CAUCUACCCUCGUCCUUUGGAGUGCAACAAUGAAAUUCAUAUCACUCACCACUACAGUGAUCAUGUCUGCCGCAGUACUGUCGGGCAUAGUGACAGUACAAGGCUCAAACCCCAACGGCAUGCCAUGCGCCCAUAAUGGAGAGUAUGAGUGCGGAACACUCGCGGGUUAUAACAACGGCAAUCAAUUUUUGUUUUACUGUUCGGAAUCCAACAUGGUGGAGGUCGCUGGGGACUGCGGCUGUAAGACUUGUUGUUCCAUCUUGGAUGGUGGUAAUACCGGCAGCUGCAUAAUUAAUCCGUUCCGGCCAAGUCACCUUACAUAAGGCGAGGUGU